ACGACGCCAGGCCGACCCAAGCACGACGAUGACUCAGCUCCAAGCUGCUCCGCUCAAAACCCUAAGCUUUUCCGGCCGGCGGAGCGCCGUCGCGGCGGCGCGGCCGCGGCAUGCGACGGCGACCUUCCGCUGCUCGGACGCGGCCCGGAGCUACAUCAUUACGCUGCUCCCGGGCGACGGCAUCGGCCCGGAGGUGGUCGCCGUCGCCAAGGACGUCCUCUCCGCCGCCGGCGCCAAGGAAGGCGUCGAGCUCCGCUUCCGGGAGAUGCUGAUGGGCGGCGCGGCGCUGGACGCCGUCGGGGUGCCGCUCCCGGACGAGACGCUCGCGGCGGCGCAGGCCUCCGACGCCAUCCUGCUCGGCGCGAUAGGAGGGUAUAAGUGGGACAGCAAUGAGAAGCAUCUCAAGCCCGAGACCGGGCUGCUCAACAUCCGUGCCGGGCUUGGCGUGUUUGCCAAUCUGCGGCCAGCCACAGUGUUGCCGCAGUUAGUAGAUGCAUCUACUUUGAAGAAAGAGGUGGCUGAAGGAGUUGACAUCAUGGUUGUCAGAGAGCUUACUGGAGGGAUUUACUUCGGACAACCUAGGGGUUUUGGUACCAAUGACAUGGGAGAGGAAAUUGGCUUCAACACUGAAAUAUAUUCAGUUUCUGAGAUUGAUCGUAUUGCACGUGUUGCAUUUGAGGUUGCUCGAAAGAGAGGAGGGAAACUAUGCUCUGUAGACAAAGCGAAUGUGCUUGAGGCAUCUAUGCUUUGGAGGAAGCGGGUAACUGCAAUAGCUUCUGAAUUCCCUGACGUUGAGCUCUCACACAUGUAUGUUGAUAAUGCUUCAAUGCAGCUUGUUAGGAACCCUAAACAGUUCGACACAAUUGUGACGAACAAUAUUUUUGGUGACAUAUUGUCGGACGAAGCAUCCAUGAUCACAGGAAGCAUUGGAAUGCUCCCAUCUGCUAGUGUUGGCGAAUCGGGACCGGGCCUAUUCGAACCUAUCCAUGGCUCUGCCCCUGACAUUGCUGGGCAGGACAAGGCAAACCCCUUGGCUACAAUUCUCAGUGCCGCAAUGCUACUGAAAUAUGGCCUCGGUGCUGAAACUGCUGCCAAGAGAAUCGAAACCGCGGUUACGGAGACGUUGGACAAUGGGUUCCGAACAGGGGACAUAUAUUCUCCUGGAACGACGUUGGUCGGAUGUAAGCGAAUGGGUGAGGAGGUCCUGAAGGCUCUGGAGUCGCAGAAGUAAACCAACCGGGGGGCAUCGAUUGAUCAGUGAUCCCAGGGUAGAAAGAAGCCUGUGAUGUGUGAUGGUCGAAAGCCCGCAUAGAUAGAUUUGAUCCGGCCGAAGUGUGAUUUUGAUUUUAUUUUUUUUGUAGUGGGAAUUGAGCAGAUGUGUGUCGCACCUUUCUUUUUCUUUUAUCGAUUGAAUUUUUUACCCCAUAAUGAUGAAUAAAAAUGGGAGUCGGUCCCCUUUUACCUGGCUGAAAA